AUGCCUCCUCCACCUCCACCACCGCCUCCUCCUCCUCCACCUCCCAGAGGCAAUGUGGGUCAAUUUCGUCCUCCUCCUCCACCAGCACAAAGAGGCCCAACACACACAAAUAACACGAUGAGAAGACAAACACCAUCUUCCAAUAAUAAUAAUCAACAACAGCAACAGCAACGACAGCAGCCACAGUCAGGUAUUUCCAUGCCUCCUCCGCCGCCACCAUCUUCAGCACCCGCUGGUUUUGGACUGUCACGGUUUGCACCUCCACCGCCCGGAAGCAGAAGCCAUACCAAUUCUCCUUUGAAUCCUCCAACUGCACCAAUGGCACAGCUGGGAUUUCAACAACAACAACAACCACAACCACAACAAGGAGGAGCAGGAGGAUCAUUAGCAACACCACCACCAAGAGGAGGCAUUCCACCACCGACCAUGUCGGGUAAUAGGAUGAUGAAUCGACAACCGGGGCCUCCCACGAUGAUGCCAACUAAUACUAAUAAUAUGAAUAAUAAUGCCUAUGGUGGACAACAACAACAACAACAUGCUGCUGCUGUUGCACCAAUAAUGCCGCCCAUGAUGAAUCAACAGCAACCUGGCAUGCCACCACCCAUGAUGAAUCAACAUCAACCAGGAAUGCCACCACCCAUGAUGAACCAACAGCAACCUGGCAUGCCACCACCCAUGAUGAAUCAACAGCAACCUGGCAUGCCACCGCCGAUGAUGAAUCAACAGCAACCUGGCAUGCCACCACCCAUGAUGAAUCAACAGCAACCAGGAAUGCCACAAGUAGGAGGAUAUCCUGCAGCAGCAGGAGCACCUCAAUACGGCGGCGGCGGCGGUGGCGAGCCGGCUCCCGUUGACCUUCCUGCAAUUCCUACUCCGACCAUGCCCCAUGGAAUCAUUCGCGAAGCUUAUUAUCCAAAGGCAACCUUGUUGGCCGAAAACCCGACACCACCGCCACCACCACCCGCCAAUUCUCGAUUCAUUGUACUCGAUGAUGGAAAUGCCUCUCCACACUUGUUGCGAAGUACUCUAUAUGCCAUUCCACACGAACGAAGUGUCUUGCAGAGUGUCUUGGGCAGUCAGGCGGGAAACUCCAACACCGAGUAUCAAAAUGACAAGUUGGAUUUGUUGGCCUCGCCACUGGCAGUUCCCAGUGCCGCAACACCCACCUUUAUGGCAUCUGUCGGAGAAGAAUUGCGAUUGACUCAUGUUGCUGUGGAUGGUACCACGGACAAGACCAAACCACCACGAUGUCAUUAUUGCAAUGCCUAUGUCAAUCCCUUUUGGAUUGCCUCCAAAUGCAAUUUUUGCAAUCGGACCACCAGCGCCAAUGUCCAAAAUUCGUUGGCCACCAUGCUGGGGACCGUGGAAUAUCCCGUGGAAGGGCCGUACAUUACACGUUCCCAACCGGUGCAACCAGUCUUUUUGUAUGCCAUUGAUGCGACGGCACCCUCGUGUCAAAAAUAUGUGGAACUCUUAAGGGAUCAAGUCUUUCCCAAACUAUUGGAACAUGCCAAUUCAGAACAACCACAACAGGUGGCAAAACUACCAACCGUUCGAGUGGGCAUUGUCUUUUGUUUGGCAAGUGGCGUUUACAUUCCAACUGGAUUUCAUACUCAUGAUCAUUUGGAGGACAACGUCCAGAAACAAGACUUUUCAGGAUUCACCGUAAUGCCGGACAUUCAAGAGGAUCCUUACAAUCCAUUGCCACUCGAGGAAUGGUCCUAUGAUAUCAUGAGCCAAUUUGGAGCCUUGCAAGACAUGUGCACUUCUCUUCUAGAUACGCUGCUACCAAGGCUCAUUCAAGAACGAGUCCGAAUCCACAAUACGAUCGGCAACUCGAAGGAUCAACCCAUUUAUCAACUUUCCUGUGGAGGUGCCGCCAUGGCCUUUUUGAACGAUGCCUUGAAGGAAACGGGGGGACGGGCCACUUGGAUUUCGUGGAGGCGGCCCAAUUGCGGGGUGGGCAAAUUGAUGGAUCGGGAACGAGCCAAAUUGGUCAAACCGGCUCACAAACCAGUGGCAGAUCCAUUCUACAAGAGUCUUACGGAAAAGUGUCACGAAUACAAGGUGGCUAUGGAUAUUGUUUUACAUUCCAAUCCGGCAGUGCCCAGGGCAUUUUUGGAUGUUUCCACCCUGGGUCAAGUCUGUGCGGGAAGCAAUGGCAAAUUGAUUCGGAUCACGGCUCCUUCCUGGCACGAAUCCUUCGUGGCAGAAUUGGUCCAGCGUGCCACAACUCCAUCGGGAUGGGAUUGUGUCUUCAAGGUUCGAUGCUCUACAGGUCUCCGAGUACACUCAUUUGUCACCAAUGAUAUGGGCAAAUUCGUCAGUGCGAGUGGAAUUACCGACGAUUCUCCUGACUUGGAACUUCCAGUGGUGCAAUCGGAUACUUGCAUUGGAUUCAAAUUGGAACAUCGAGUGGGCGGCAUCCCAAAGACCAAACCGUUUGUGUAUAUUCAGACAGCAUUGUUGUACACCAAUGCAUGGACAGGGGAGCGAAAAGUCCGAGUAUCCACCUUGGGGUUGCGGACUUGCCAGACGGCCGAUGCUGCCUUUUCGUCCUUUGACUUUGGAACACUAGCAGCGUGUGAGAUUCGGAGGGCUGCACAAAACUGUUUGAAGCACGAGCAAGAUCUGAAAUCGACUCGAAAGCUAGUGCACGGUCGAAUGGUGGCAAUCAUGGCGGACUACCGGAAAACAGCGAGCCAGAAGCAAAUGUUGAAUUCCAAUCAAUUGGUACUGCCCGAAAAGCUGAGACUGUAUCCCACCCUUGUCAUGGCAAUGCUCAAGUCGCCAUUGUUACGAGAUGGUGUUGUUCGACAAAGUCAGCUCCCCAACCCCACGGCCGACGAACGAGCCCACUUUGUCCAAGAAGCAAGGCGCGUCACACCGGCCAUGGCAUUUCAUUUGGUACAUCCAUUGUUAUUUCAGGUCCCUGAGGAUCCAGACGCCAUGGCGUGGUCUAGCUUUUCCUCGUCGGAUGGAACUCUACUUUCCGAAUUGCGACAUUCGCCCCACGUUCCACUCGAAGCUCCUCUCAAUCCCACUAUAUCUUGUCUGGAACCCUCUCAAAUAUAUUUGAUGGAUACUGGACUUACCUUGUAUGUUGUAAUCGAAAGGAGCGUGUCUAGGGAACGCCUCAAAGAACUUAAUGCCAAGGAGGGACCCCUGGGUCGAAUGAUUGAACAAUUGCGGAAUUAUUCACAAGUUGGGACGGUAAGCACCAGAGGGACAUGGCCACCGGUCAUUUUCAUUCAUGCCGAUAAGGACAAACCACUUUAUCAUGACAUGCUGAAAUGGAUGGUAGAAGAUGCCGCGGCUUUGGAACCAGAUGCAAAGGGAUUCUACAAACGUUUGCACACCAAAAUCAAUGAAAAACUAUAA